AAGACAAGAAAGCUCACGGUAGACUUGGUAGUAGAAACGUGACGUGGAGCCGUUUUCCUCCCUCAUAAACACAAGAAGAGAAUUGUUGAAGGCAGUGCAACAUCCCCACCUAAUCCUUCCUGCCCAUCCCCACACGAAACAAUACAUAACCCCCUUUUUCUCUCACACACACAACUAAAGCAACACUAAAUGUUUACUUGUUUCUCAAUACACAAUUCCGAAACGCAACUCCUCUUAUAAUGCCUCGCAGCUUCGAAUCCAUGAGCAGCGACAUGCCCUUUCUAGGCCCCAGGCAGGCCAUGGACCUCCAGCCCAAGCGCAGCUCCUCCCACACCCUCGGCGAGCUCCUGCAGCACGUCGGCGACUCCACCACUACCUCCCCGAGCCACCACGUCGCCGACGUGUCCCCCUCCGUCCCCUUGCUCCUCUCCUUCCACAACCUCACCUACAGCGUCAAAGUCGGCCGAUCAAUCCUCCCCGCCUGCUUCAGUAGUACUAACUCUAACUCUAACUCGGAGGAUGACCGGAUGAAGGUCCUCCUCAACGACAUCUCCGGCGAGGCGAGGGACGGCCAGAUCAUGGCCGUCCUCGGCGCCAGCGGGUCCGGGAAAUCCACUCUGAUCGACGCCCUGGCGAACCGCAUCGCGAGGGAGAGCCUGAAAGGGUCCAUCACGCUCAACGGCGAGGCCCUGGAGUCGAAGCUUCUGAAGGUGAUCUCCGCUUACGUGAUGCAAGACGACCUCCUCUUCCCCAUGCUCACCGUGGAGGAGACGCUCAUGUUCUCGGCGGAGUUCCGCCUCCCGAGAACCAUGUCCAGAUCCCGCAAGAGAUCCCGCGUCCACGCCCUCAUCGACCAGCUCGGCCUCCGCAGCGCCGCCAACACCAUCAUCGGCGACGAGGGCCGCCGCGGGGUCUCCGGCGGCGAGAGGCGGCGCGUCUCCAUCGGCACCGACAUCAUCCACGACCCCAUCCUCCUCUUCCUGGACGAGCCCACCUCCGGCCUGGACUCCACCAGCGCCUUCAUGGUGGUGAAGGUCCUGCAGAGAAUCGCGCAGAGCGGCAGCAUCGUCAUCAUGUCCGUCCACCAGCCCAGCUACCGCAUCCUGAAACUCCUCGACCGCCUCAUCAUCCUCUCGCGCGGCCACACCGUCUUCAGCGGCGCUCCGGCGACCCUCCCCCUCUUCUUCUCCGAGCAGGGGAACCCCAUCCCGGUCCACGAGGACAAAACCGAGUUCGCCCUGGAUCACAUCCGAGAGCUCGAGGCCACGCCAGGUGGCACUGAGAGUCUGGCUGGCUUCAACAAGACGUGGCAGAGGAGGAGGAUGAGGAGCAGUAGUGCCGCUCAAAAACUCUCUCUCAAAGACGCCAUCAGCGCCAGCAUUUCUAUGGGGAAGCUCGUCUCCGGCGCCUCCAAUAUGGACUCCGACUCCGUCCCCAAAUACGCAAACCCCUUCUGGAAAGAGAUGAUGGUCAUCGCGCAGCGAUCAAUCACAAACUCCAGAAGGGCGCCUGAGCUAUUCGGAGCUCGCUUCGGCGCAGUGAUCAUCACGGGGGUCAUCCUGGCGACCAUCUUCUGGAAGCUGGACAACUCCCCCAAGGGCAUCCAGGAGAGGCUCGGCUUCUUCUCCUUCGCCAUGUCCACCACCUUCUACACCUGCGCGGAGGCCAUACCGGUCUUCCUCCUCCAGAGAUACAUCUUCAUGCGGGAGACCGCCUACAACGCCUACCGCCGCUCCUCCUACGUCGUCUCCCACGCCAUCAUCUCCAUCCCUUCCCUCAUGCUCCUCUCUCUGGCCUUCGCCGCCACCACCUACUGGGCGGUGGGGCUGGCCGGCGGCGCGUCCGGGUUCCUCUUCUACCUGACGUUCGUGCUGGCGUCGUUCUGGGCGGGGAACUCGUUCGUGACGUUCCUCUCGGGCGUCAUCUUCAACCUGAUGAUGGCCUACACGGUGGUGGUGGCGAUCCUGGCGUAUUUCGUCCUCUUCAGCGGCUUCUUCAUCACCAGAGACCGGAUUCCGUCGUAUUGGUUGUGGUUCCACUACGCAUCGCUGGUCAAGUACCCUUACCAAGGCGUGAUGCAGAACGAGUUCGAGGAUCCUUCGAAAUGCUUCGUGAGGGGGACUCAGGUGUUCGACGGGUCGCCGCUGCGGGCGGUGCCGGAGUCCAUGAAACUGAGCCUGCUGAAAACGAUGAGCAAGACGCUGGGGAUGAACAUCACGAGCUCCACGUGCUUGACCACGGGGUCGGACAUUCUCAAGCAGACGGGGGUGACUGAUAUAGACAAAUGGAGCUGCUUGUGGAUCACCAUUGCUUUGGGGUUUUUCUUUAGGGUUUUGUUUUAUUUUGCCCUCUUGCUUGGGAGCAAGAACAAGAGAAGGUGAUCACAGUUGUAUUCACUCAUCACUUGUUUCUUCUCAGAUUUACUAGUUUUUUUCAACUUGUGUUAUGUUAAGGGUAUAGUUGGAAUAUUUCGACAUACUCAUUACUCAAGUAACUCAAAACUCUAAUUGUUAUAGUACGAGAUUUCUUCUA